UUGAAUGUUUUAGGUGACAAGUCAAAUCUCUUCAAACUCCUAAUAAAAUAUAACCGCUGUCUUGUCUUUUUUUUAUAGCUGCAUCGAUAUAUUUAGACCAGGUUAGAUCCUCAGAGAUAUUGACACCCAGAAUCUUGAAAUUGCUCACUCUCUCCACUUCUGAUCCCUUUAUGAGGAUUGGUAUGUGUUCCUUCAUCUUACCCUUCUUUAAGUCCACAAUCAGCUCUUUUGUCUUACUGACAUUGAGUGCCAGGUAGUUGCUGCGGCACCACUCAACUAGCUAUAAUAUCUUGCUCCUGUACGGUUAAACUGGCAAUUGAAGAUCCAACUGUACUGAAAAGAAAUUACUUUUAAUCCUGGUGAGGACUGAUCGUUGACUGCAUUCAGAUCAGGUAUGAAUAGUUUACAGGAUAUCACAGGGAUACGGAGAUAGGGGAGGAAAACUGAUCAUUGCAUUCAAAUCAAAGAUCAAUUAUUUCUGGAUAUCAAAGGGAUCAUGGAAUAUGGAGAUAGAGGAAGAAAAUUGUGUUUACAAUUUAAAUUAAAACAAAUAUGCAGAUGCCAGAAAUCUGAAAUAAAAACAAAAACAGCUAGAAACACUCAACACGUAUAUUUAAGGGUCAUGUUCAGGAUCAUUCCAUGGCCUUCUGUCCUCUCCGAUCAGAGACCCCUUCUCCACCUCUGUAUCUCUUUCACUAGUCAAUUUCCCAGCUCUUUACUUUAUCCCUCCCCCUCCAGGUUUCACCUAUUACCUUGUAUUUCUCUCUCCACUCCCCCACUUUUAUUUUUUUCUUCAGUCCUGCUGAAGUGCCUCAGCCCAAAACGCCGACUGUACUUUUUUCCAUAGAUGCUGCCUGACUUGCUAUACUAUGAUGUCGUUACUGAGGUGUACACGGCCUGCUGUGGGCAUUUGGCAGAUGCAAAGCAGAGUAUGGAUAGACACUACUGGAAUCCUCCCACAAGUAUGCUCAGUGUGCAGCUCAGUACGAUGGAAGAAAACUACUGCUAAGCAGGACAAAAGUGCAAGCUCCCAGUUCCUUAAUGCACGAUGGAGAUACAUGGUUCUGGGGGUCCUGGCUGGUACAGGUUCCAUGCUAGCUUAUGGCUUGUAUGGAAAACAGGAAGCAGAGCUGAAACCAGAAUUAUCACUUAACAAUAAGGCUCAAACAUCUUAUCCAAUUUAUACCAGGCAAGAUGUGGCCAAGCAUAAAACUAUGGAAAGUGGAAUAUGGGUAACCUACAAAUCUGAAGUGUACGAUAUAACAAAUUUUGUGGAAAUGCAUCCUGGGGGUGAUAAGAUUUUGCUUGCUGCUGGAGGUGCCCUUGAACCAUUUUGGUCUAUAUAUGCUGUCCAUAAACAAGAACAUAUUUACCAGAUUCUUGAAGAGUACAAAAUUGGGGAAUUGAGCCCUGAAGAUGCACAGGUGACUAUUGAUGUAGCUGAUCCUUACGGGAAAGAGCCAUUGAGACACCCAGUUUUAAAGGCGAAUAGUUUAAAGCCAUUUAAUGCAGAACCACCACUAGAGCUUCUAUCUGAAAAUUAUGUUACUCCAACUGAAAUCUUCUUUGUACGAAACCACCUGCCUGUUCCAGAGGUUGAUCCAAAAAAUUUCAGUUUAAAGAUUGAGGGAGAGGGAAUGAAAUCCAUUCAAUUAACUCUCCAUGACAUUCAAACCAAGUUCCCAAAGCACAUAAUAACUGCUGCAUUGCAAUGUGCUGGCAAUCGGCGCUCUGAAAUGAAUGUGGUGCAUCAAGUGAAGGGACUAAAUUGGGGGUCAGCAGCUAUUGGUAAUGCAAAAUGGGCUGGAGCUAAACUUUCUGAUGUCCUUAAGUAUGCAGGGCUCCCAGAGAACACAGAUGCUAAACAUGUCCAGUUUGAGGGACUUGAUAAGGAUGUGACUGGGUCACCCUAUGGGGCCUCUAUUCCUAUUCAUAAAGCACUCAAUAAAGAUGGUGAUGUGCUUCUUGCCUAUGAAAUGAAUGAUGAAGCUUUAUCCAGGGAUCAUGGCUUUCCACUGCGUGUUAUUGUUCCAGGAGUGGUAGGAGCACGUAAUGUGAAGUGGUUGAGCAAGAUUAUAGUAAGUAAAGAAGAAAGCAAGAGCCAUUGGCAAGUGAAUGACUAUAAAGGAUUUUCUCCUUCCGUGGACUGGGACAAUGUUGAUUUCAGUUCUGCUCCAGCAAUUCAAGAAUUACCCAUCCAGUCUGUCAUCACAUCACCUUCCAAUGGUGAGCAUCUCAGUUCAGACAUGGAUGAGAUCACAGUGAAAGGCUACGCAUGGAGUGGAGGUGGCCGAGAAGUGAUCCGGGUGGACGUCUCACUGGAUGGUGGACAGACAUGGCAUGUGGCCAACUUGAAUGGUGUGAAGCCAAAUGAAGGGCAAGCUUGGGCCUGGAAAUUAUGGCAACUCACUGUGCCUCUGCCAAAAGACCAGAAAAACCUUGAGAUCAUUUGCAAGGCUGUGGAUAACCAUUACAAUGUGCAGCCAGAUACUGUUGCACCCAUCUGGAAUUUACGAGGUGUCCUCAAUAAUGCUUGGAGUCGAGUGAAAGUUACAAUCAAAACAUAAUGAUUAGAAACUGUUUAUGAAUCCAUAACAUGAGAAUUGUGCACAGUUGCAGCAGACCAGUAAUUUAGUCCAGGUGUCAGCACAUCUUGGUAAUACUCUCAUCUCUGUUGAAAAUUGUGGGAUUAUGUCCCAUUCUAGAAGCUGGUAUUAAAUUUGCAAAGGCACUUUCGUUCAAUGUUGACUUCAUGUUAUUUGAACAUAAAGAUAAACCAACCCAACUGCUCUCCUCGGGUGAAUGUCAAAGUUCUGCCAAACUCGUUAAAGAGAAACAUAAAGAGAGGCAUUCAUCCCUCCAUCAGUAUCAUUUCUUUAAAUUAACCAAUAAUUAUCACAUUGUUUUCUGGGAGGUUGAUUUACACUGAUUGUGUGCUUAAUUUUUUGAAAAAAUUCAUUCGUUGUGAAAUGCUAUGGGGCAUUCUAACAUUGUGAAUCAAGCUAUCCAAAUUCAGUGCCUCCAUGCAUCUGCUCUAUUAAAGCAUGGUUCCUGCACCAUCGUACAUCUCUUGCCAUGAUGGCAUUAAUUACAUAUGGCCUACUUUUUAAUUCAGCACCACAUUAAUUGUGCUUCAGAAUUUAACGAGCAUAAUUUUUUGUUACUUUUAUCUCUGCUUAAUUUGUCUUACUUCCAUUUGAAAAACCUUGCCCAAAAAUAAUCUGAAUUGAGAGUAGGACAAUUAAUGCUUGUGAAAACAGAUAAAAAGUAACACAAUGAAGUUCUCUUUCCUGCAUUUAUAUUGACUCUUCCUAUUUUUAAAAUCUGUAAGUGGAAGAAGCACUAAAAUGACCAUGAUGAUAAUUUUCAAAGUAUUGGAGCAGAUAAUGACCAUUGUUCUAUUGUUUACAGUGGUGACUCCAUUUAAAGUGAUUCGGUAGGGAUGAGCAUUCUGAGUAUUCUUAAGGUGGUGAGAGAUGCUAUCAUAUUCUAUCUUCCAAUUUGUCACUUGUUCAUCUGUUGCUAUUUUUUUUGAAUCCUCAGGCUUAGCAGUAAAAGCAUUUUCAUCCAACAUCAUAAUUAGCCACCUCAGCCAUGAUUGAGUCAUCUUUCCCAAUGGAAUGUUAAAUCAUUGACAAUUAUAAAAUGUUUCUUUAAAUGUUCACUAUUUUAAAACCAGCUGGCUAAACUCAUCUAAUUUCCCGGUCUAUUUUUGCCAAUUCAUAAAUGGCUUUAAGUUCAACUUUUAGUUUCCAUUUGAAUUAUGUAAUGAAUGCACAAUUCUCUCUUGGCUCAUGUUGUUAGAAGCCUGAAGAGCUAAUAGCUUGGUAGCUUACUUAAUCAGAAUAAAAUUUCCAAAAUGUCUAUCCUUGCCUUGCUGUGAAGAUUAUUUUCCUGGAGGAAGAGACAAUAUGCAAUAAAUCUAACUGUAUUUGCGUUGUAGUGAGUCAAAUAAAUAUUUGAAGUUGGGGUGUGGAGGAAAAGAAAUAACACAUUAAAAAAUCACACCCAAAUGAGAUUGCAUUGGGUAUAAAGCUGUGCCCAAGACGUGAACAAAUUUGUUGCAUGUAUUUUUGUUUUGGGGAGAUUCGAUGCAAGUAUUUUCUCUUUCUUGUAGUUUCUUAAUUUCCCUUUUAUUACCUUGGUCAUGGAGAUAUAGGUGAGUAGUUAAGAUGUCCCAGCAAAGCUCAGGUAGUACUCUAAAACCAUCCAAUAAAAUCGGCACCAGUAUCCUUGGUUUAAUACUGCUCAUCCAUUGCUUAAGCCCGCCAAUUUCCAUUUGGCAACUUCUGCCUUGUUAGAUUUAAAUGAGCAUUUGGAGUUUGCCUGCUUCCCACUGUUCUGUGGCAUCCAGCACUUUGUUUCCUUCGUUUAUACUUCAUUUGGAUGCCUUGUAAUGGAAAGAAUGAAAACCUCAAAAUGGGGAGGGGGUUAGACACCGAAAAUUUUGUAAAUUUUAAUGUUGAGAGCAGAAGUUGAGCGGAAAUCAAAUUUUAACUGUAUAAGAAUAAAGCUUGUGUUAAACUUUCCACAGCAGAAACUGUUGAGUCAUUAAUGUUAAAUUUUAAGUGAUUAAUAUGUUUAUUCAUUAUUUCACUUUAUAAUGUAGGCAUAGUACAUCAUUCUAAUAUCCUAGUUUCUUAAUAUUAUAGCUAUGUUCAUCAUUGUUUUUAGUCAGUUUAUAUGUAAGGAAAUGAUGAAAAUGCUACCUACCAGUUGGUCAGAGACUUAAAUGAGCAUUUCAGGUCUGCUCCCUCAAAGUGGAAACGUCUACAAAUUAAUAAAUUCCAUUAAAGCUUUUGAAUGUCUGUUGGGGAAUCAACAUUUGGUGCAAGAUGCUACUCCAUUCCUGAAUGAGAGUGAAAGAAAUGUAUCAAACAACUUGCAAUGAAGGCACAAGGUUUAAAGUACAUUUGAAAGUUCUGCGGACUGUCUCUAUUAACAUUCAAUGAUUCUAAUCACUCAAAGAAUGUAAGGAUUACUUAUUUCCUCUUUCUUUACUUGAGUCUUGUGAUUUUGAAACCUUAAUGGAAAUGUGCUGAUGCUUAAAAUUCCAAGAGCUCAAACUGCUUCUGAAGCAGUUCCACAGGGUCCAAGAGUUCUUGACGCAACAUUUGUACCUCUGCCAAGAGGACAAUGUUCUGAAAUUAUUCACUUUUUUUUGUAUCUGUGUUGAAAUAAAGAACUUCAUUGUAUGUAGCUUUCUGCUUAAGUAAGGGAAUUGUUUGUGUUUUGCUUGUUACCUCUGACACAGUGAUGGAAAACAUUUUGAUUUUCUGCUCCUGUUCAAUUGAUGUAUUUGGAGUCUAGAAUCUGAGCGUGAUAAUGCAUUUGAGACAUCAAUACCAUUACAAGCUGUUCAUUUUUCUCCAUUAUGCUUCCAAGAAGGGUAUUGCUAGUUAUUGGCUUAGGAGAGGAACUAAUGUGCAUUAAAAUUUAUUGCAUAGAUGAAACAUUGUGAAUUUGAUCUGUUGAAAUUUUGAGCAUUAAAAUGUUGUGCAUUAAAUACUAACAAGUUUAGCUAAUAAAAGCUACAUAAAAUCAGGAAACCUGCAGAUCUUUGAAUCAAAAAAUCUGCAGAUCUUCAAAUCAAAAGCUUUGUUAUGAUUAUAGAAAGCUAUCAAUAACGUGGGGCUCCCUGUUGAUCAGGUAGAUUUGAAUCAACAUAAUAUUUGAAGGCAGCAAAGACUUACACUUUUGUUGAGCUUGAAACAUGCUGCCUGAUCUAACAUCAAAUCAGGUGCCUCUUGUACAUACUGUACUUCAUAAAUGUAUGCAAUUUUUUAAAAGGCAUUUACUUUGUCAUCUUAUAAACAUGUAUGUUUAGGAAAUCAAUUUCUGUGUUAUUUUUCUGGCCUCCUCUGUCAGGAUAUGAGGAUGUUUCAGUUUGUUUUGUUUUUUUGACAACCAAUUGUGUGGAAAGAUUUUUUAAUCUAAAUCAAGAAAAUUUCAAAAUGGCAGGGAUCCUUUAGCAUGAUGGUAUUGUCUGAUUGUAAGCACAUUGCAGACCUACUCAAUAAAUUGCCAAUAUCAUUGG